AUUCGCUGAGCCAACAACUACACGUACGCCUCGCUACGUAAGGUUGUCGACCUUUCUUUUACCUCUACUCAGCAAAUGAUUCUUGCAAACGAUAAUUUGAGCAAACAACGCGCGAUUUGCCCAACUCACAACCACGAUUCACACGUGUGCCGUGAGACCUUGACCAGCUUAUACAGUCAUCCAAUCAGAGGUUGUGUCAGAAGGAGUAUGGACUCGGUGGGUGGAAAGUUACUCAGUCAGAGAACGUAGUUUGACGUUUCGUCCUAAUAAAAGAUCACCACAUCGACUGAAGGCGGUUCCUGUAUAGCUCGGUCUGUGCUCUACAACUACAGGUUGUACGAAGAACACACGGAAUACCACCAUCGACAUGGAGAGAAGGAAGGGAAAACCCUCGGACCCAAGAGGCCUCCUGGCCAACAAACCAACAACGACUGCAAGGGCACAACCCUCCACCAUGAUGAGUCUAUCGUUCUGUGCUAUCUUCAUAGCUUCCGAAGUUGCCAAGCAAUCCGUAACAUAUGCCACAAGACAUUUCAACAACGGGGUUUACCCCAUAUCGUCCUCUGCCAUCGUGUGCUGUAUUGAGCUCGUCAAGUUGAUAAUGGUUUUGAUACCGGUUAUGUUUACGACUGGUUUUUCCUCGUUUCGGCCUUCCAUCGUGUUUGCCGUGCCCUCUGUUAUAUACUGCGCGAACAACAACUUGUACCUGUUCGCCCUGAACUACACCACCCCUCCCACUUGGAAUGUGCUGAUCCAGUCUCGCGUCAUCAUGACGGCACUGACCUACAGGAUCAUCUUUGGCAGACACAUCUCAGUAGUCCGCUGGGUAGCGCUGCUUCUCCUGAUGCUGGGCAUCGCGCUGGCGCAGUUGGCCGGGUCCUCCUCGUCCCCAGCGUCCCCAGACAUCUACGUGCUCCCCCAGGCUCUCGGGCUCAGCCUCGUUAGUGCCGCCAUCUCCACAGCAGCCUCCAUCAUCACAGAGUACUUGUUCAAGAACGACAAGCGACCGUUCAUGGAACAGCAGGUACAGAUGUACGCCUUCGGCUUCCUCAUCGCGAGCAUCUGGUCCGCCGUCGCUACCAGGGGUGACGUCUUUAAGAUUAGCGGGGAAUCUCUAAGGUCCGAAAUAGUCUUCCUGUUGGUGGCAUCCAUUCUACUAGGUGGCGCCGGAGGACUGGCUGUUGCAGCGAUCAUCAAAUCGUUGGACAACAUCGUGAAGAUCUACUCGGCCUCCAUCUCCAUCCUGAUGACCGCCAUCGUCUGCAGCUUCCUGUUCCCAGAGAAAUUCGUCCUCAACACCGCCUUUGUCUUCGCCGUGCUCCUGAUCCUCGUUUCCUCCGUUCUGUACGACAGGCAGGACCUCAGCAACAUCCUCCCGUCAAACGUGCGCGUACCCAGAUUCUUCCUCACCAGAAACUUCUUUCUCUUCGUGGCCUUUCUGACGAUGCUGGUGCCGAUAGGAUACUUCAUGGCAACGACUUCCUCGUCAACAGCAGACGUUCACAAAAGAGGCCUGAACACAAUUAAGGGUGAUCCUUUGUACGCAAUGGAAGGCAAGGCCGCGAACGGAGAAUCUGUAAAAAUUCAUCUUGAUGCAGGCAAGAACAUCCAAGCGGUUCUGUUCGAGAAUGAAGGCGUGGCUUUGAAAGACGAGGAUGGGAAACUACAAAGACAGUUUGAUGCAAUAAAGGAAAGGAAACUGAAGCAAGAGCAAAGCCAAGUAAAGAGGGAUAAGCAAGAAGACGCCAGUGACAAGGAGGUGCCAAAACGGUCAAGAAGGAAAGAAGAUGUACAGAAAGAUGAGGAUGACAGAAAACAGGAUGCGGAGGCGAAACGCAGGCACGGUAAUGAUAGUGAAAAUCCCCGAAGAGCUCAUCCAAAACUGGUGAAAGUAGAAGACAGAAUACGGGCCCUUGAAAAAGAUCGCGCAGAAAAACUAGACAAAAUCAUGCACGGAGCUCCGGAAAAGAAACAAGUCAUGCACAAAAUGCACGGUCAUGGCCAGGAGAUGAAAGUACACGGAGAAAAAGAGGACAGCGUUGUUCACGGCAAAGACGGACAAAAAGACGAAGAGCUUUAUGAUAAAGGACUUGAGGAAGACGUCGAAAAUGUAAGAAUCAAAAAUCGCCGAAAAAGUUUGAGGAAGGACACCCAACAAUUCGCAGACACCAGAGAUAAGAACAAUGUCGAGGAUUUGGUGGCAAAGUCGGGGACGGAGGUACCAAAAGUGGUCCACUUUGUUUGGGACGGUCGCAGAAAUUUUCGGUUCCACGACCUACUCAGUGGAAGAGUGCAAAAAGCAUCUUGA